GAUAUAUUUUUUUGAAUUAUUAAGGCGAACAAUUUUAAGUAAAUUCUUAACUUAAGUCCGAGAGUGCUUUGCGAACUCUGGACCUGGUUUUUUUUUUGCUGUAAUUUCUGAUCAGUUAUGUUCUGGGAAAUAAAAUAUGCCAGAAGUCUUAAUCAAAUGGCAAUCUCUAGUCUAGCAUCCGGUUAUUCCAGUCUACACCGGGUUAUUCCAGUCUACACCGAUAUUAUUUAUUUGACAUGACUUGUGGAAUAUGUCUAGCCUCGUCCUUCGGGUCCCUUGUUACAAAUGGCGCUGAAACACAUUAUGGUACACGAUUCGUGUAGGCCUACCAAUGGAUUACAAGGAAAAUAUGGAGAGCCAUAGGGACAAUAAACGCUACCUUAUGUGGAACCUUGAAGACACUGCAAGUUUAAUAUCAAAGAAGUUUCCUAGUUCUGCCAUUUUUGUAAUUAGACCAUCAAGAAUGCACCUGAAAACAUUUAGUGUAUACCAAAACUUUGUAACAUCAAAUGAUUUUGGUUGCCCAACUCAUUCAUCUGAUGAAGAGGCUUUAGAACAUUUAUGUGAAUUGUAUAAAAAUGCAGUCUCAGCCUCUAUAUCUAAUAAUAGCUGUGAAUUAAAUGCCGGAGAAUCCAAGCCAUUAGUUUUGAUGGGUUUCAGUAAAGGUUGCAUAGUUUUAAAUCAAAUUUUGUAUGAACUGGAAAAAAUUAACAAUGGUGAUAUCCAGGAUUUAAAAGAAUUUGUGAAAAGUGUAAAAGAUUUUUAUUGGCUUGAUGGGGGCCAUAGUGGGGGAAAAAACACUUGGGUGACUGAUAGUUCAGCUUUACAAGCUCUUGCUCAGUUAGAUACGAAAAUCCAUGUUCAUGUGACUCCUUAUCAGAUCAAAGAUGAAAUGAGGUCGUGGAUUGGCAAGGAAGAAAAACAAUUUAUCAAAACCCUGAAAAAAUAUGGGGCAAAUGUCACAAGGAAUUUUCACUUUGAAUCUGAAGAAAGAUGCAUAGAAAAUCACUUUAAAGUUUUGGAAGCUUUUGAAUAAUAAAUUUUGUAAUGCUCUCUUAUAUAUUUAUAUACCUUAUCAGCCAUAAUGAAAUAUUUACAUUUUGUUAUAAUAAAAAUAAAA